AUGGAGUUUUUAAAAUCAUUAUGGCCAAACUCAUCCACUAAUGUGAUAACGAUUCCACAGCAUAUAGAAGGAGAAUUGGAAGAUGAUUUGGACUUGAAAGUUAGAGCUUUAACUUAUCUAUUCAAAAGAUUAGAUAUUGAAAAUUUACCAGCUUUUAUAAAUGAUGAAAAUGGGAUUUAUGACUUGAAUGGUAACAGUGAAGAUAGUUAUAAUGAGAAACUGGACACUAUUUAUAAUAAACCUGAAUUUGAAAGGGUACUUGUUACUGAUGAGCAUAGAAUAUUGGUUGAUUGGUUCAAAAAUAGAUUUAGAUCAAUCUGUAUAUUAUCAAAUUCACCUCCAUCAGGAUCCCAUGAUAUGGGGAAGCAUUUCAGAUUCCAAGUUUUAAAACCAGAUUCAACUGAUGAAGAAUAUUUGAAAACUUUAAUUUCAUCAGAUAUUUAUAUUGAACAUUCAAUUGAUCCAAUAAUGAAGACAGAUAUUUUGAUAGAAAUUAUUCAAAAUCAAAAAUCAUUAAGACCAAGUUAUAAAAAACAUUUCAAUAAGAAUGAUAGAGCAAAUAUUAUAUUACAAUAUGUUCGGAAAUUAAGUGAAAUCGUUCAAGUUGAUAGAAUUUAUAAAGCUACAUUAUUAACAAAACUAGAACAAUAUAGAGUUAAUACUUUAGGAUUAAUCAAAGAGGAUCAAAUUAUAGAUCCAAAUGUUAGUACAGAUUCAGACUUUGAAAAUGGUGUCAAAGUAUUCCCAGGUGGGGGGAUUAGAUCAAGAUCAAGAUCUCCAGUUAGAAGGUAUUCAAAUGAUAAGUUAACUACUCCUGCACCACCACCUAUAUUAUCUAAACCAUUAACACAAUUGAAAAUGAAUUCACAAUUACCACCACCUUCGCCAUCAUCGAUGAAAUUAACACCCCCAUCAUCACCAACAAAGUCAAUACAUACAUCCUCACCAAGAUUAAGAUCAAGAUCUUCAUCACCAAUCAAGUCUUUAAAGAAAAAACAAUCAAUGACCAUAUUGAAAAUGGAUAAAUCAUUGAAUAAAUCUCAAGAUUCACUAAAUCAUGAAGAGAAUUUGAUUUCAAAAGAUGAUAAAGCUUUAAUUUAUAAUCAAUCUGAACAAGCUGUGCUGUUUAGAGUUGAUAGAGAACGUAAAUUAUUGAGAUCAAGUUGA